AUGACUGAGCCUCUUCAAUGGGCCAGAUAUCACUGGCGGCGGCUGAUGGGUGGUGUGAACAGGGAUGACGAUGAGCGACCAUACAACUAUUCCUCUCUGCUUGCCUGCGGUGGCAAGACUUCUCAGAGCCCCAGACUGGCAGGAAAGCACCGAGUUGUUGUUCCCCACCUCUGGCCUUUCAAGGAUGAAUAUGAAAAGUUCUCUGGAGCCUAUGUGAAUAACCGCAUACGAACAACUAAAUAUACGCUCCUGAACUUUGUGCCAAGAAAUCUAUUUGAACAAUUUCACAGAGCCGCCAAUUUAUAUUUCCUGUUUCUGGUUGUCCUGAACUGGGUCCCUUUGGUAGAAGCCUUCCAAAAGGAAAUUACGAUGCUGCCCCUGGUGGUUGUCCUUACAAUUAUCGCAAUUAAAGAUGGCUUGGAAGAUUACCGAAAAUACAAAAUUGAUAAACAGAUCAACAACUUAAUGACUAAAGUCUACAGUCGGAAAGAGAAAAAAUACAUUGACAGAUGCUGGAAAGAUGUUACUGUUGGGGACUUUAUUCGCCUCUCUUGUAACGAGGUCAUUCCUGCAGAUAUGGUCUUACUCUUUUCCACUGAUCCAGAUGGAAUCUGUCAUAUUGAAACUUCUGGUCUUGAUGGAGAGAGCAAUUUAAAGCAAAGGCAGGUGGUGAGGGGACAUUCAGAGCAGGACUCUGAAGUUGAUCCUGAGAAGUUCUCCAGUAGGAUAGAAUGUGAAAGUCCAAACAACGACCUCAAUAGAUUCCGAGGCUUUCUAGAACAUUCCAACAAAGAACGUGUGGGUCUCAGUAAAGAAAAUUUAUUGCUUCGAGGAUGUACCAUUAGAAACACAGAGGCUGUGGUGGGCAUUGUGGUUUAUGCAGGUCAUGAAACCAAAGCAAUGCUGAACAACAGUGGACCUCGGUACAAGCGCAGUAAAUUAGAGAGAAGAGCAAAUACUGAUGUUCUCUGGUGUGUCCUGCUUCUGAUUAUAAUGUGUUUUACCGGUGCUUUGGGUCAUGGAAUCUGGUUGAGUAGAUAUAAAGAUACACCCUUCUUUAAUAUCCCCGGGCCUGAUGGACAUGUCAUCUCACCAGUGUUGGCAGGAUUUUAUAUGUUUUGGACCAUGAUCAUUUUGUUACAGGUUCUGAUUCCCAUUUCACUCUAUGUUUCCAUUGAAAUUGUCAAGCUUGGCCAAAUAUAUUUUAUUCAGAAUGAUGUGGAUUUCUACAAUGAGAAAAUGGACUCUACUAUUCAAUGUCGAGCCUUGAACAUCACGGAGGAUCUUGGUCAGAUUCAGUACCUCUUUUCUGAUAAAACGGGAACCCUCACUGAGAAUAAAAUGGUUUUUCGAAGAUGUAGUGUAGCAGGUUUUGAUUACUGCCAUGAAGAAAAUGCUAAGAGGUUAGAGUCCUAUCAGGAGGCUGUCUCUGAAGAUGAGGAUUUUACAGACACCCCCAGUGGCUCUCUGAACAAUGUGGCGAAACUGAAGGCCCGCAGCUGCAGGACAGCUCAUAAUGGGCCUUUGGGAAGUAAACCCUCAAAUCAUCUUUCUGGAAGCUGUUUUGCUGUAGGAAGUGGAGAUGGACCCAGUGAAGUGUCUCAUUCCAGGCAGGCUGCUUUCAGUAGCCCCAUUGAAACAGAUGUGGUACCAGACACAAGGCUUUUGGACAAGUUUAGUCAGAUUACACCUCAGCUCUUUACUUCACCAGAUGUGACUGUCCACGGUCCUCCACUGGAGAUUUUAUGCAUUAUGGACUUCUUCAUUGCACUGGCAAUUUGCAACACAGUAGUGGUUUCUGCUCCUAACCAGCCACGACAAAAGAUAAGACUCUCAUCACUGAGUGGAAUGCCCAUUAAGUCCUUGGAAGAGAUUAAAAACCUCUUCCAGAGAUUGUCUGUCCGAAGAUCAAGUUCACCAUCUCUUGCCAGUGGGAAAGAGCCAUCUUCCGGAGUUCCAAAUGCCUUUGUGAACAGAGUGUCUCUCUUUAGUCGAAUGAAAAUGGCUUCACCUGUGGAGGAAGAAGUCUCCCAGAUGAACAAGAGUCUCCAGGGCUCUAGUAACUCAGCUUGCAAUGAAGAAAUAGAGAAACAAAAUAGUGACCCAGGUAUCACCAAUGGCAAGGUGGACUCUCUCCCUGGAGAGCCCUUGGCCUCGGGCCUCUGUUAUGAGGCUGAGAGCCCAGAUGAAGCAGCUUUAGUGUAUGCUGCCAAGGCUUACCAAUGCACCUUACGGUCCAGGACUCCUGAGCAGGUCAUGGUGGACUUUGCUGCUUUGGGACCAUUAACAUUUCAACUCCUACACAUAUUGCCCUUUGACUCAGUAAGAAAAAGAAUGUCUGUUGUGGUCCGGCACCCCCUUUCCAACCAAGUUGUAGUGUACACGAAGGGUGCUGAUUCUGUAAUUAUGGAGUUGCUAUCCAUGGCCUCACCAGAUGGGGCAAGUCUGGAAAAGCAACAGAUGACAAUAAGGAAGAAAACCCAGAAACAUUUGGAUGACUAUGCCAAACGAGGCCUCCGCACUUUAUGUAUCGCAAAGAAGGUCAUGAGUGACACAGAAUAUGCAGAGUGGCUGAAGAAUCACUUUUUAGCUGAAACCAGCAUUGAAAACAGGGAAGAAUUACUACUUGAAUCUGCCAUGAGGCUAGAGAACAAACUAACCUUACUUGGUGCUACUGGCAUUGAAGACCGCCUACAGGAGGGAGUCCCUGAGUCUAUAGAAGCCCUUCAAAAAGCUGGCAUCAAGAUCUGGAUGCUGACAGGUGACAAGCAGGAGACAGCUGUCAACAUAGCUUAUGCGUGCAAACUGCUGGAGCCUGAUGACAAGCUUUUUAUCCUCAAUAGUCAAAGUAAAGAUGCCUGUGAGAUGCUGAUGAGCACAAUUUUGAAAGAACUUCAAAAGAAUAACCAUGCUUCCCCAGAGCAAGUACCAUUAAGUGAGGAUUUAUGCCAGCCUCCUGUUCCCCAAGGCUUGGGGCUCCGGGCUGGACUUGUUAUCACUGGGAAGACCCUAGAGUUUGCCCUGCAAGAGAGUCUUCAAAAGCAGUUCCUGGAGCUGACUGCUUGGUGUCAAGCUGUGGUCUGCUGCCGAGCCACACCCCUGCAGAAAAGUGAGGUGGUAAAAUUGGUACGCCACCAUCUCCGAGUGAUGACCUUGGCCAUCGGUGAUGGUGCCAAUGAUGUUAGUAUGAUACAGGUGGCAGACAUUGGAAUAGGGAUCUCCGGUCAAGAAGGCAUGCAGGCUGUGAUGGCCAGUGACUUUGCCAUUUCUCACUUCAGACAUCUCAGCAAGCUCCUUCUUGUCCAUGGACACUGGUGUUAUACACGACUUUCCAACAUGAUUCUCUAUUUUUUCUACAAGAAUGUGGCUUACGUGAACCUCCUUUUCUGGUUCCAGUUCUUCUGUGGGUUUUCAGGAACAUCUAUGACUGACUAUUGGGUUUUGAUCUUCUUCAACCUCCUCUUCACCUCUGCCCCUCCUGUCAUUUACGGUGUUUUGGAGAAAGACAUGUCUGCAGAGACACUCAUGCAGCUGCCUGAACUAUACAAGAGUGGUCAGAAGUCAGAGGCAUACUUACCCCUGACCUUCUGGAUCACCUUGUUGGAUGCCUUUUAUCAGAGUCUGGUCUGCUUCUUUGUGCCUUACUAUACCUACCAGGGCUCAGACAUUGACAUCUUUACAUUUGGAAACCCUCUGAACACAGCUGCUCUUUUCAUCAUUCUGCUCCAUCUGGUCAUUGAAAGCAAGAGUUUGACUUGGAUCCACAUGUUCGUCAUCAUUGGUAGCUUCUUGUCUUAUUUUUUCUUUGCCUUGGCUUUUGGAGCUAUGUGUGUAACUUGCAACCCACCAUCCAACCCCUACUGGAUUAUGCAGGAGCACAUGCUGGAUCCAGUGUUCUAUUUGGUUUGUGUCCUCACCACCUGCAUUGCUCUUCUACCCAGGUUUAUAUACCGAGUUCUUCAGGGAUCCCUGUUUCCGACUCCAAUUCGGAGAGCUAAGCACUUGGACGUACUGACUCCAGAGAAAAAGACUGAAGCUCUCAAGAAGUGGAGAGGAACUGGAAGGAUGGAUCAAGUGGCAUGUAAAUAUGCUGACCUUUCAGCUGCCAAGUCAGGGCGAACACCCAAUUCUGACCAUUCCACAGUCUCUGCAAUGAUGUCAGCAACUUCUUGUGCUGUUGAGCAAGGAAUUGUAUCUGUAUGUGAAACUGCGUUAGACAUCUCAGAGAUGGCUGGGCCACCCAAGGAUUAA